AUGAGGAUAUCCAUUCGAGCACAGCUGGGUCUACUCAUCCUGCUUUCUUCCCUGAUCGGCCUGGCCGUCGUCUCGGUAGCAACAUGGGUUUCCAACCACAACUUCGUCCUCAGCAUCCGCUCCUCACGACUUUCCCUGACCGCGGCCUUGAAAGCUGCGCAGCUGGCCAGCAACCUCAACCUCAUGCAGACGUCUGCCAACUUCAUCACUACCCGGGUUUUGAUACAGAGCGCGCUACAACGCUAUAAUGAGGGCAAUAACAGCGAGUCGAAUUGGAUUAGGGCAUCAGGUGAUAUGUCGGACGCUGUCAGCGGCGGUAGUUCCGUUGGGCAAUCACUUCUGCUGCAGAGCAGGGUCUUUCCACCCGAUGGCAGCCAGGGCACGAUCGCUUCCCUCCUGAACACUUCGAGCUCGUCAAUGAAUAACACCAUCCGACUUCCUUACAAUUGCCCAGAUGGCAAACCUGUUUAUCUUGGCGAUGGAAAUUGUGGCGAUCUCGAUCUUGGAUAUCCACCACAGCUUUACCCGAACCUGACGUACAUCACUGAGUACUACAACAGCACAACGAAUAUUCCGGAAGCCAAGUAUGGAGGUCAGACUCUUGGUCCUAGCUCGACCAUGCUCAUGGGACCUUUGAUCUUAAAUGACAGCUCUUCGCUGGUUUCAAUGACGAUGCCGAUUGUCAAUAAUACUAGUGCUACCGACAUACUUGGCUGGAUCACUGUUGUCAUGGACGGCUCCCUGAUUCAGAGCGUCUUAUCUUCGAACGAGGGACUCGAAAAUACUGGCGAAACUCUACUGAUCGGGCCGGCCGCCACCUCGAAUAUGUUUCCGGGUGGUUUCCUGUACAAUUCAAACGAUGGUAGUGAUUUCAAGGUGCAGUAUGUGUACCCGCUCAAUCCGUCAGACAAGACAAGGCACCCGGAUCAUGUCUAUGGGACUACGAAUGCUCCUUUCAGCGCUGGUGAAUAUCCAGUCGUCGUGUCAGCUUUCACGCACCAGACUGGUCAGUCCGACAACUCUGGCGCCAUGCUCAAAGCAAAGAACGAGAAUGGGCAAAAAGUCUCAGUGGGGUACGCAUUGCCGCAGCAGGAGAUUGUCAAUUGGGCCAUCAUCGUGGAGCAGUCUCGGGGAGAAGUAUGGCAGCCGAUUAAUCGCCUGCGAGAUAUCCUUCUGGCUUGUGUCUUUGCGACUGCGGCGCUUAUGGCCAUUAUUGCUUUCCCUCUCGCGCAUGUCUUUAGCUUACCGAUCAGGAGGCUGCGAGAAGCGACAAGACGGUCCAUGGAACCACCGAAUGCGACGCUUAGUCGGUCGAGCUUGGAUUCACUCAGAUCUGGUAUGGCGGGCUUGCGGGACGGAGCGAACGGCGAGGUCGUCGAAUCGGGUGCAGAUGCUGCAGCUGCAGAUGCAGCUCUAGCCCGCAAAGAAGGCUUUAGCAAUCCUGUCUCCAACUGGCGAAAACGGCAGGUCGAGGAGAAGGAACGUCGGCGCGAAGCGAGACGGAAACGGGUCUUCAAAAUCCCUGGCAAGGUCAAAGAGCGCAAGACCUGCAUCAAGGAUGAACUUACCGAUCUCACAUCGACCUUCAACGAAAUGUCCGAUGAACUCAUGAUGCAGUACGAGCGUCUCGAGGAUCGGGUACAACAACGUACUGCCGAGCUCGAACUCAGCAAGAAAGCCGCCGAGGCCGCGAACGAGAGCAAGACGUUGUUCAUAGCGAAUAUAUCACAUGAGCUGAAGACACCACUGAACGGUAUCCUGGGCAUGUGCGCUGUAUGCAUGCAAGAAGAUGAUCCUAUGAGGCUGAAGAGAAGUCUCGGCAUCAUCUACAAGAGUGGCGACCUGCUCCUGAACCUGCUUACCGAUCUGUUGACGUUCUCGAAGAAUCAGGUCGGGCAGCAUCUUACGCUUGAUGAUAAGGAGUUCAAGCUGCGAGAAGUCAGUAGUCAGCUCUUGGCUAUUUUCGAUAAGCAGGCUCGUGAAGGAGGUAUUGGGUUGAAGGUUCUUUUCGAGGGUGUGGGAGGAGUGGAGGGCGAGGGUGAGGUACAUGGGCAUGACGAGAUGCAUGUGGAGAAGAAGGAAUUUGGGCCUGCUGGCACUGGCAGAGUGAAGAAUAUGAUAUUAUGGGGCGACAUCCACAGGAUUCUACAGGUGGUGAUUAAUCUGGUGUCCAACGCUCUGAAGUUCACGCCCUCUGGUGGGUCCGUAAUCGUCACGAUUCGAUGCUUGCCUGAGCUACCGGAUCUUGGAUCGAGAAAGGGCUCUUUGAACUCGAGACAGUCGAGACAGCGGUCUUCCAGGCAUAAGGGCUCCGAUGCAAGUCUCGCUAUCAGUACGGCGAAUGCGAUCAACGCGAAGGACAAGCCCUAUGGCAUGGCGCAUGCGACUAAUCACGAGCGCGCGCCUUCGCCUCCGCCUGGAAGAUUCCUUAACUUUGAGUUCGAGGUCACGGACACGGGACCAGGCAUACCUGAAAAUUUACUAGACAAGAUCUUCGAGCCAUUUGUGCAAGGUGAUCUGGGACUGAGCAAGAAGUACGGCGGCACUGGACUUGGUCUAUCGAUCUGCACGCAACUAGCAAGUCUGAUGCGAGGAUCGAUGGGCGUGCAGAGCGAGGUAGGGGAGGGAUCGACGUUCUGGAUGCAGAUACCAAUCCGACAUAUUCAAAGCAGAGCGGACAGUACUGCCUCCUCAGCUGUAGAUCUGACAGAUACCGCGCGACGAUCGGAGGAUGCAGAUGGGCUUUCGCAUACACACACGCCUCGGGAUCGACGGAGUAGGCAUCUAGCUGAUGAACAUGAUGGUACUGCCCUCAAAAACCACACGGCUACCACAACCGAUCCUGCAACGGCCUCCACGAACGGUACGAGCAACCCCGGUGCACCCGUCACCAAUGAAUCUCAGCCACGACUUGUCGGUUUCAGCCAGCCGUUCUUCGCCGCUUCACAGCCAAUGGAAAGCCCUGGCUCGCAACCAGCGGCCAUGGAGAAGAUGACUGCAGAGGCCACGCGUGGUGGCAGAAUCCGUGUGUUAGUCGCCGAAGACAACAAAGUGAAUCAGGAAGUCGUGCUCCGCAUGCUCAAGCUCGAGGAUAUCUACGACGUCACGGUCGCCAAAGAUGGUCAGGAAGCUCUGGAUCGUGUGCGAGAGUCGAUGGCAGCCUCCGAAGGGGAUGGGAGCACUGGUGUGCAGCCCUACAACCUCAUAUUCAUGGACGUUCAAAUGCCGAACGUGGAUGGUCUGACAAGCACGAGGCUGAUCAGAGAGAUCGGAUAUCAAGCUCCCAUUGUAGCGCUCACUGCUUUCGCGGAGGAGAGCAAUAUCAAGGACUGCUAUGAUUCGGGCAUGAAUUACUUCUUAUCCAAGCCUAUCCGCCGGCCGCAGCUAAAGAAAGUGCUUAAGGAGUAUUGUGCCCCGAUCCCUGAGGAGAACGAGGACACGCCGCCUGAAGUCGCGGCUCAACGUGCCUCUGUUGCGGGAGGUCAGAACACUACUAUCGUCAUGGUGCAGGCUCCUAGCUCUAAUGGUGGCGGGAGGAUGGAUGGAGGGAGUGAUGAGAAGGAGAAGCUGGCAUCUCCUGCUGCCGUCGUCAACGGGACGUCAACGCACACGAAUGCCGCGUUAGAGUCACCACUCGAGAGCACGGAGCCAGUCUCCCCUUUCUCGACCUCCUGA